AUAAUCGGAUUUCUUUGUAAAUACAUGACGUAUUCCAACCCGGAAGCAAACUCACCGUGGAUGAUGGACGUGACGUAAUAAAAAAUCUGUCUACCGCUGUUUUUUAAAAAAACAUGGAGGCUAUAUUUUGGUCAGUGUUUAUCUUGCAGUUUUUAUUACUGCAGAUUUCAUAUAAUACUGCCCUUCUGCAAGCUGUCACUGUUUUAUUACAAAGGCGGAGACGAGCGUUUCUGGAGCGCGCGGUCGCUCUUGGGCCCAGUGUGCGUCUUCCUCCUUUACCGACCAGCAGCCGCUCGUGCUGGAUGCGCGUGCGGAGUCGGGACUGGUGGGAACGAGUGGUGCUGCAGGAGUUCUCGGACGCAGAAUGGAGAGAGCAUUUCAGGAUGUGUCGCAGAUCGUUUGUGAAGCUGUGUGACCUGAUGAAAGAUGUCAUGCGCCCCGGUGAGAUGACCGUGGGCCCCGCGGUGCCUUUAGAAAUGCGCGUGGCGAUUGCGCUGUACAAGCUCGGCGGCUGCAGGGAGUACAGGUCGAUCGCGUAUCGCUUUGGCGUCCAUAAGACCACGGUGAUGAAAUUUGUUUACAUGUUCUGUAAAGGUGUGGUGAACCAAGCGAUACGACACUUCAUCAGGGUCCCGAGCCUGCAGGAAGCCCGAGCCAUCGCUAAGCGCUUUGAGAGCAACUUCUGUAUUCCUCAGGUUAUUGGAUGUGUUGAUGUAACCCACAUCCCGGUUCUGGCGCCCAGUGAUUGCUACAUGAACUUUAUCAACCGUAAAGACUGGACAUCCUAUGUGCUGCAAGGCGUCGUUGAUGACCGUUAUUGUAGCUUCUGGAGUGCGAGCUGUAAAGUUCCCGGAGGUGCUCAUGAUGCCACAGUGUUUAAGCAAUCCCAUCUGUUCAACAUGGCUCACCUUCUCCCUAAGCACACUUGCGAUAUCGGUGGAACGCUUGUCAACUUCAUCGUUCUUGGUGGCACAGCCUACCCACUGCUGGAAUGGCUCAUGAAGGCAUAUACCCCCAGUCCUACUCUAACCCCUCAGCAAAAGUCCUUUAACAUAUACCUUAGCGAUGCAAGAGCAGCAAUGGACAUUGCUUUUGGAAGGUUGAAAGCAAGGUGGCAGGUUCUUCUGAACAGAAGUGACUUCCAUUACACCUUUUCACCAUAUGUGACAAUAACUUGCUGUGCACUGCAUAAUUUCUGUGAGAGGGAAGAGGAAUCUUUUGGUCAAGCCUGGAUGGAAGAGGCUGCUGUUUUGGAGAGAGCUGUGCCACAGCCGCCGACACAGUCUUAUACAGAAUUGAAUAAUGCUGGUGAAGCUGUAAGGCGGGUCCUCACAGAAUAUGUGGCCAGCAAUUUUCCUCUUCGCAUACAAGAACAAUGAAGAGGGUCUUGCUUAUAAAGGACACAGUGAAUAUUUAUUUAAGUUUAUACUUGGAUUGAUCAAGUUUUCAAACCUUUUUUUAUAAACAUGUUAUCUUAUUAAAAGAUUUCUGAACUGCUGCUUUUUAAUAAAGCAUUUCUGAUUGAGCAUUUUUGUUUAUUCAUUGAAGUUAUUAGAAACCCUACUUUCUGUGGCCUGUGUAUUAAUUUUACAUCUGGCUUGUCAUUCAUCCAAGUUCUCAUUCAAGUUCUCCAGGAACCUAAAGUCGU